GGCGGGACAUCUCUUUCUUUAAUCUUAAACCCCCUUAUUUUUCAUUAUAUUUCAAAUUUCAACCCCACCAUUCUCUGCCUGCUCAUUUCAAUGGUGAAAAAUUAAACCCCCAUAUUUUACUGCUAUUUUACGCUAAAGCCAUUGUCUUUUCUGUCACCCUUUCUCUUCUUUCUAAAGAUUCUCAAGGUUUUUUCUUGCUUUCUAAGCUGCCCCCCAGAUCUUACAAUUAGGAAUAUCUUGGUUGCACUUUGUGGGGUUAAAAGUUUGGGUAUUUAAAUUCACAUUGUUUAAAGUUUAGGGGUUUGGAUCAGAAGAAGUUGCUGGAUCUUUAAGUUGCUGUUCAAAACUGGAAGAGGGAAACUGAGAUUGGUAUUGUCAGGACUUUGGGGGAAAUGGUGGUUCGUAGCUGAUGCUAAACUGGUUAUGCAACAAUGUCGAGGAUCACUAAGUGGAAACUUGAGAAGAAUAAAGUGAAAGUGGUCUUUCGGCUUCAAUUUAAUGCUACUCAUAUACCACAAACGGGAUGGGACAAGUUAUUCAUAUCUUUUAUCCCUGCUGACUCUGGAAAAACAAUUGCAAAGACAACCAAAGCCAUUGUAAGAAAUGGAACAUGCAAAUGGGGUGAUCCAAUUUAUGAAACAACAAGGCUUCUUCAAGAUGUCAAAAACAAACAAUUUGAUGAGAAGCUGUACAAACUUGUGGUUGCCAUGGGUUCUUCACGGUCUAGUAUCCUGGGUGAGGCAACAAUUAACCUUGCUGAUUAUGCUGAAGCUUCGAAGCCUUCUGCUGUGGCUUUACCUCUUCAGGGAUGCAAUGCGGGAACAGUAUUACAUGUUACAGUUCAGUUGCUAACAUCUAAAACAGGAUUCAGAGAAUUUGAGCAGCAAAGGGAACAUAGGGAGAGAGGAUUGCAGUCAGGAUAUGAGAACAAGCGUGAUGACUCUGUUACUGGGAAAGUGAUAUUUUCAGGAGAGACUGGUCAUGAUCACAUUGAUAAGGUUAGUUCAAGGGUCAGAUUCAGACCAGACGCUAAAGAACUCUCUUCUGUUGAGGAGGAAGUGGAACCAAACGAGGAAUAUGCUGACUUAACAGCUGGAUUUGAUGGCUCUUCCAAUACUUCAGAGAGUCUUUACGCCGAAAAGCAUGAUUCAUCAAGUGCACAUGAAACUGAUAGUCAAGGCCUGCAGUCAGAAAAAGGUAAUAAAUCUGACAAUCAAGCAAUGGCGCAGAGUAGCAGUUCAGUUCAUGGAUGGGCGUCAGACUGCUCAAUGGAUAAUGAAUUGGCAACUGCUUAUGAGGAGAAUAAUAGACUUAGAGCGAGCCUGGAAUUGGCAGAAUCAUCAAUUUUUGACCUUAAGCUUGAGGUAAGCGCUCUGCAAAGUCAAGCUAAUGAAUUCGGCUCUGAAACAGAAAAGUUUUCUCAGCUACUUACUGCUGAGAUAUCCUCUAGUGAGGAGUUGGCGAAAGAGGUUUCUGUUCUUAAAUCAGAAUGUUCAAAUUUCAAAGAUUCUAUUGAAAGACUAAGAACUUUGAAAUCAAGUUGUCAAAAUGAUGGUGGUGAAAGUUGUGUUGCUGAUUCUGGCAGCUUAGUUCAAGAUUUACAGCUAAGAUGGAUGAAAGGAAUUUCAGUGGUUGAAGAUAGAAUCAAAGAACUUCAAAAUAAAGUUUGUCUUGGAUUCUAUGAAAGAGACUACAGGUUUCUUCAUUCGGAAUUGGAGGCCUUGCUUCAAAUUGUACAGGAGGUUAAACUAGGAGCAAGGGAUGAGAUGUCAUUGCUAAAUAAAGUAACAUCAGUGGAUGUAAAGGAGACUAGAGCGACAGAUUUACCCAAUAUCGAACAGCCUUUGCCAGGGCUUGGGUUGGAAUUGGAUCUUUGUACACCAGAAAAUUUGCUUCAUCAUAUUGGCAUACCCCCACUGGUUUCUCAAGGGAAUGAUUGCACUGUUGCUGUUGAUGCAAUGAAAGCCAAGAUUUUUGAUCUGGUAAGAGAAGUGGAUGAGGCGAAGGUUGAAAGGGAAACUCUGGUGAGAAAAAUGGAUCAGAUGGAGUGUUACUACGAAGCUCUUGUUCAAGAACUCGAGGAAAAUCAGAAGCAAAUGCUGGCAGAAUUGCAGAAUCUUAGGAAUGAGCAUUCGACAUGCCUUUAUACCAUCUCGAGUAGUAAAGCUGAAACGGAAUUAAUGCGACAAGAUAUGAGUCAACGUCUGUUACAGCUUGCUGAUGAGAGACGGGAUUUGGAUACACUUAAUAAGGAGCUCGACAGAAGAGCUGCUACUGCAGAAGCAGCUCUGAAAAGAGCCCGCUUGAAUUAUUCUAUUGCAGUAGAUAAGCUGCAAAAAGAUUUGGAGCUUCUUUCCUCACAGGUGGUGUCCAUGUUCGAGACUAAUGAGAACCUCAUCAAGCAAGCAAUUCCAGAACCUUCACAAUCACAAUUCCUUGGGUAUUCAGAUGUAGUUCAGAAUUUAGAAGAAUUUGAUAAUAUAGUGCAGUUGCCGUCUCAGGAUCAACAUGUGAUUGCAAGGAAACUAACACUCAGUGGAGAUGUCCUUACCGAUGACUUGAAAAGAUCACUCUGCUUGCAGGAGGAGCUUUACAGGAAGGUUGAAGAAGAACUUGGUGAUAUGCAUUCAGUUAACUUGCACUUGGAUAUUUUCUCCAGGGUUUUACUUGAAACUGUGAUUGAAGCUAAUGCUAGUGCUGGAAUGAUGAAGAGAGGUAUGAAUGAACUUGCUCAGCAGUUGGAGGCUUUGAAUCUCAACAAGGAGCAGAUGGUGAUAAGAUUGCGGGCUGCUUUGGAAGAUGUUCACAUUUUGCACAAGGAGAAAGAAAGUUGCAUCCUCAGAUGCAGCGAUCUUGUUCUGCAUAAUCAAUCUUUGGAAGCUGAACUCGUGAGUCUUUCAAAGGCAAACUGUAUCCUCACUGAGAAGGUCAUGGAUUUGGAAGCAAUCAAGGUGCAACAUACAGAAACUCAGAAUAGAUAUGAAGCUUGUGUGGAGGAAAAUGUAGCACUCUCCACUUCACUGAAGCAGGAAUUGACGAACAACAGUAUGCUUCAAGAUGAGAUUUCACUUCUGAAGGAUGAUUUGCUAACUGCCAAAGCCAACUCAGAGGACUUGGCUUCCUCAAAUGAAAAUCUUCACGAAGAUAUUAGCUUUGUGCAGGGUAAGUUGACUGGUAUGUUGGUAUCUUAUGAGAAGGAACUAUCUCUUCUAUGCGAUUACUCUUGCCAUGAGUUGGAGUUCAGGGAUAUAAGAGGUCUCACCAUGCAACUGGAAGAGGUGCAGUAUAGUGUGUGCAGCAAGAUUCUUCAACUUAUGCAGGAGAAGCAAAAUCUAGAACGUGAAAAAUCAGUUGCCGAGAUGUCCUUGAAUGCUAGUAGAUCAGAAAUAAUUUCCGUGAAGCAAAAGUGUAAAAAUGAUAUACAAAGUAUGGUAGCUAAAUUUGAGGUGUCAACUGCCCUUGUGGAGAAACUUCAGGUUGAGCUUGAAUCUGUGACCAAUAAACUUCACCUUAACUCUGAAGUUGAAGAAAAAUAUGCACAACAGAACAGAGAGCUUCUGGAUGAUCUUGCUGCCUUUGAAGUGGAGCUACAAAAUUUAGUCUCGAAGAACGGGCAUAUUUCUCAAGAGAUCUUGGGCUUGGACUCUAUAGCCAACGAGCUUGAGCAGAAUGACUCAACCAUUUCUGAACUAAUACAAGAGAAGGAGGAUCUCAUGACCUCUCUACAUGACAAGGCUGAGGAAUUUGCCAAGCUUACAUCAGAAGUUAGUCAUCUGAGAGACAAUUUGAGAACUCUGCAAGAUAAAUUGCAACUUGAGAGAGAUCUUAAGGAUAAACUAGAGGGUUCAGUACAAAAUCUUACUUUGCAGUUGAAUGAAAAGGGUGACAGGAUAGUGGAUUUGGAAAAGCAAAUUGCUGAAAUGGUGCAUUUCAGGCAACUGGCAUCAGAUUUAGAGAGUGAGAAAUAUAGACUUAGCCAUCUUUUGCAGCAGCGUGAUGGGCAUGCAGCAAAGCUUCAGGAAGAGUUAUCCUGUGUGUCUGGUCUAGAGGGCUCUGUAAGAGAUCUUGCUUCUCAAUUGAAUGAGAAGCAUGACAGGUUACUGGAUUUGGAAAAGCAAAAUGCUGAAAUGGUGCAUUUCAGGCAACUGGCAUCAGAUUUAGAAGUGGAAAAUUCUAGACUUGAUCAGCUUUUGCAGCAGCGUGAUGAACGUGUGAUAAAGCUUCAGGACAAGAUGUCCUGUCUUUCUGGUUUAGAGGAAUCAGUGCAAGGACUUACUUCUCAACUGGACGAGAAGAAUGAUAGGUUAGUGGAUUUGGAAAAGCAAAAUGCUGAGCUGGGGCAUUUCAUGCAGCUGGCAUCAGAGUUAGGAGUGGAGAAAUCUAGAGUUGAUCAGCUUUUGCUGCAGCGCGAUGAGCAUGUGGCAAAGCUUCAGGAAGAGAUGUCCCGUCUUUCUGGUUUGGAGGACUCAGUGCAAGGUCUUACUUCUCAACUGAGCGAGAAGCAUGAAAGGUUACUGGAUUUGGAAAAGCAAAAUGCUGAGCUGGAGCAUUUCAGGCAGCUGGCAUCAGAGUUAGGAGUGGAGAAAUCUAGAGUUGAUCAGCUUUUGCAGCAGCGUGAUGAGCAUGUGACAAAGCUUCAGGAAGAGUUGUCCUGUAUUUCUGGUUUAGAGGGCUCAGUGCAAGAACUUACCGCUCAACUGAACGAAAAGAAUGAGAGGUUACUGAAUUUGGAAAAACAAAAUGCUGAGCUGGUGCAUUUCAGGCAGCUGGCAUCAGAGUUAGGAGUGGAGAAAUCUAGAGUUGAUCAGCUUUUGCAGCAGCGUGAUGAGCAUGUGGCGAAGCUUCAGGAAGAGUUGUCCUGUGUAUCUGGUUUAGAGUGCUCAGUUAGAGAUCUUACUUCUCAAUUGAAUGAGAAGCAUGACAGGUUACUGGACUUGGAAAAGCAAAAUGCUGAACUGGUGAAUUUCAGGCAGCUGGCAGCAGAUUUUGAGAUGGAGAAAUGUAGACUUGACCAACUUGUGCAGCAGCGUGAUGAGCAUGUGGCUAAGCUUCAGGAAGAUUUGUCCUGUGUUUCUGGUUUAGAGAGCUCAGUGCGAGAUCUUACUUCUCAACUGAAUGAGAAGAAUGACAGGUUACUGGAUUUGGAAAAGAAAAAUGCUGAUCUGGUGCAUUUCAGGCAGCUUGCAUCAGAUUUAGGAAUGGAGAAAUCUAGACUUGACCAUCAUUUGCAGCAGCGUAAUAAGAAAAUGGAAAAACUUCAGCAAGAGUUGCUAGAAAUACAAGAGUAUGUCAUAGCUUCUGAUGUUAAGUUCACAGUUGCCAUGAGGUGCUGUGAAACACUGGAUCUGGAACCUGUGCGGCAGCUUAAAUCAUCGGAUGGUUCCACUGCCGAGCUUCAGAAGAGAUGUCAUGAUUUGCAGGCCAAGUUGAAUCAAUGCCUUGCAAGAGAGGCUUGUUCAAUUAAAGAAAACAAGGAGUUGGAAAGAUCUCUUUGUGCUGUUAGAUCUGAUUUAGAAGCUAUUGCUCAAAAUAAUGUUCUUUCAGAUGCCAACUAUGUUAACACAGUGAAACUUGAGGAAUACAAGAAGGAGAUGGCAAUAUUGGAGGAUUCUCUCCUCAAAACCAAUAAUUGUCAUGCUCUUGAGGUGGAGAAGUUGAACAACAUGCUGGCAACCACCGAAGAAGAACUUAAUUACUUGUUACUUUCCAAGGAGGAACUGGAGAUCAUGGUGAUUGUGCUCCGAGGCAAAGUAGAUGAACUGCACCCCUACAUGAUUUUACAGGAGAAAAAAAAAGAUGAAAUGAUCACCUUGCAGUUACAGUGUAAUGAGCUCACCCACAGGUGUAAUGAGCUUACUCACAAGCUCUCUGAGCAGGCCUUGAAGACGGAAGAAUUCAAAAACUUAUCCAUCCAUUUGAAGGAGCUCAAGGAUAAGGCUGAUGCAGAAUGUCUCCGGGCUCGUGAGAAAAGAGAAUCUGAAGGACCACCAGUUGCUAUGCAAGAAUCCUUGCGAAUAGUCUUUAUUAAAGAGCAAUAUGAAUCAAAGUUCCAAGACUUGAGGCAACAAGUUUCUAUGUCCAAAAAGCACGGAGAAGAUAUGCUUUUGAAGUUACAGGAUGCAUUAGAUGAGAUCGAAAGCAGGAAGAGAUCUGAAGCUUUGCACUUGAAGAAGAACGAAGACCUAGCUUUCAAAAUCUUGGCUUUGGAAUCUGAAUUACAGUCCCUGCUUUCUGAUAAGCGUGAAAUAAACAACGAUCAUGACAGAAUAAAGGCAGAAUUGGAGUGUGCUGUGCUAAGUCUAGAGUGUUGCAAGGAAGAAAAGGAAAAACUCGAAAUAACUUUGCGAGAACGUGCGAGGGAAUACUCCAGAAUUGCUGCUGAACUUACUUCGACUAGAGAGCAGCUGAUGAAUGUCACAUCUUCUGUCGUAUCUAAGAGAGAAAAUGGCCAGAUGGGCAAAGUUGAACUUGCGCCUAAUGAGAUAAAUGCAAAUCCUUCUCCUGAUGCCACACCUCAAAAAGAUUCAUCUGAUGCCUGGAAUGUGAAGGAAACAACCUUAUUUAUGGAUGAUAGAAGUGAAGAAUCAAGCUCACCAGUGAAACUUCUACUCACUCCGGAUGCUGCAUCAGUAACUGAAGGUUACUCACCACCAAGCAAUGGAAGGCAUAUUGAUUUCAGCAGUGAACAGUUUGGAAGCAGGAAUUUGAGGUCCAGCAUGGAACAAUUACAUGAAGAGUUGGAAAGGAUGAAACGUGAAAACUCUCUCAUUCCUGAGGAACACUAUUCUGUUCCAGAUUUUGAAGUUCUUCAGAGCGAACUCGUGCAACUACACAAGGCAAAUGAAGAACUCCGAAGCAUGUUCCCAACAUUCAAGGAUAUAGCUAGCACUGGUAAUGCAUUAGAGAGGGUACUUGCCCUGGAAAUUGAGCUUGCUGAAGCAUUGAAGGCAAAAAAUAAACCGAGUAUGUUCCAGAGUUCGUUUCUGAAACAACAUAGUGAUGACGAAGCAAUCUUCAAAAGCUUCAGAGACAUCAACGAAUUGAUCAAGGAAAUGUUGGAAAUCAAAGAAAAGCAUGUAGCUAAGGAGAAUGAACUGAGGGAAAUGCAUGAUCGGUACUCUCAGCUAAGCCUCCAGUUUGCUGAGGUUGAAGGCGAGAGACAGAAACUGAAGAUGACACUCAAGAAUGUCAGAUCAUCUAGGACGAAGCUCAUGCAACUAAAUCGCUCCUCAUCCUCCAUUGUGGACAGUCCUUCAUAAGGCGCUCUUUCAAUCCAUUUCUUGAUUUGCUUGUUUUGCUAAGAGUGCCAAUGUGCUCUAGAAGUUGGUUCAGUUUUAUGGACAAGUAUGCCAAGAUAAGCUCCAAGUAUGGAGGAACCAAUCCUGCAAGCUGCCUUGCUUCUUGUAAAUGUUAAAAUGUGGCUGUCAGAUUUUGUAACCCAUUUAAAUUAUGUGUAGAUCUAGAUAUCCCAUAUAUUAUAGCCUCAUUCCCUCAUUUUUCAAUUGUAUACAAUUUGGCUGUAAUAUUAUGUAUAGAAAUUAGAUUAUCCUGUAAUUAACUCUGCUUCUCUUUUUUUAAGCCUCGCAAGAGGCAUAAAAGUUUGGUAUUGUCAGCUGCUAUGCCUAUAAGUUUUGCCA